GAUUGCACCAACUCUUGUUUUGUGAUUGGGGAUGAACAGGCAAACUCUCCCAAAGAUUUCAAUGAGUGUGUUAGUAGAGCUCAACUUCAAGCUGCCAUGGAGGAAUCCCAGAGAGGGAUGAAUGAUGCAAUCAAGAAGGCUGUCACCGAUGCACUAAUUGAUCUCAAGCUUGGUAGCAGCAUAGAGAGGUUGGAUAGGCGGAUAUCUACUUUAACCGAUAAGGUUACAGAGUUAGAAAACCGUCUACCAAAUGAGGAAGAUAUGGGAGGAAACAACUCGAAUGAAGAUGCUAUUUUUGAUGAGGAUGGAAACAUAGAUGCUGCAGCCACCCGAACAGCGAUGCUACGACAUCGUCUACGUGAGAACAGGAGAGGUAUGGGAGGUCAUCGACAUCAAGGUCAUGCCCAACAUGCUCCCGAUGAUCCUUAUGCUAAGGUAAAGUUCACAAUUCCACCUUUUUCAGGCCAUUAUGAUGCUGAGGGGUAUCUUGAUUGGGAGAUGACAGUAGAGCAGAAAUUUAGUGCCCACCUUGUUCCUGAAAGACAUAGAGUUCGACAAGCCUCUAGUGAGUUUAAGGAUUUUGCAAUCAUUUGGUGGAGUGGGUUAGCUGCAGAAAAUGCUUUACCAACCACAUGGGAACAACUUAAGAUAGCUAUGCGUGAUCGUUUUGUUCCCCCUUCCUACCAUAGAGACUUGCGUAAGAAAUUGAUGCGCCUAGAGCAAGGAGAGAAAUCUGUCCAAGAUUACUAUGGGGAGCUCCAAAAGGGCAUGAUGCGUUGUGGUGUUGUGGAGGGGCCUGAGGAUUCUAUUUGUCGUUUUUAUUCGGGUCUAAGGCGUGAGAUUCAGGACAUUGUUGAUUAUAAGGAAUUUAACACUAUCAACCAGUUGUUUCAGUUUGCUAUGCUUGCAGAGAAGGAAUUGCAGGGACGUGAGCAGCAAGGCAGGGGCAAGUCCACCACCUCCUACACGCCACGAACAACGACAUCAACGGGGCUGAACAAGUCUGCAACUUUCCGGAUGCCACCACCACCAGCUAGCAAGCGACCAGCAGCUUCGGGAGUUGCUGCAGUGCCCACACGGUCCUCCGAUUUAGGUAAAAAUUCUGCGCAGGUACCCGCAAAGAGUUCAUCAUCCAUGGCAUCAACGGGGCGCACCUCUGGCAUCCAAUGCCACCGUUGCCAUGGGCUUGGCCAUGUGCAGAAGGACUGCCCAAGUCAGCGAGCAUACAUUGCUACAGAGGAUGGCUACAUCAGCACCUCUGACAUUGAAGAUGAAGAAGAGAAAGAAAAUGAUGAUGGUGAAGAAGAGAUCCUUGGCGGAGAGGAUACAGCGACCUAUAGGAGCGCCAUUGUUCAGCGGGUGCUCAACACACAAGUGCAACAGCCCGACCAGCUGCAACGCCACAAUCUAUUUCAGAUUUUCUUCGUCAUCAACAACCGACGUGUGCGAGUCAUUAUUGAUGGAGGAACAUCCCGUCUGGAGCUCCGCGACAUGAUGAGAGCUCUAUGUGAUGCAUUCAACAUGGGCACUGAAAAAUUGAAGAGCAUUUUAGGACUUAUUGAACGGAUAGACACGAUGGCGACUCGUCUACCACAGCCUACAACUUCUUCCACAGGUUAUAUACAGGAUGUUGAGAGCGAGGAUGUGAGAGACAACCCGUUGGAGAAGAAAGAACUUGUAAGCAAAGGUAUAAUUAUAAUGGACAAUGUAUGGUACAUCAAGUUUAUAUUUGUUCAGAUCUAA